AUGCUAGAAGCAGAUAUUUCAAAUUACAUUUCUAAUGGAGAAUGGGAUCUAGUAGAUGUGCCAGGGAAAAGAAAUGAACUAUAUUAUGACUGCUGCAAGGAGCCAUACCCUGAUGUUACCUACACAGUGACCAUGCGUAGACGCACUUUAUACUAUGGAUUAAAUUUACUGAUACCGUGUGUCCUUAUAUCUGGGUUGGCAUUGCUUGUGUUCCUCCUGCCUGCUGAUUCAGGAGAGAAGAUAUCUCUAGGCAUCACCGUUCUGUUAUCACUGACAGUCUUUAUGCUGCUUGUGGCAGAAAUUAUGCCUGCAACAUCAGAUUCUGUACCUCUAAUUGGUAAGUCUGUUUGGUUUUGUCAUUAUGUGCUUGGGUUGUACCAUUUCACAGUCGAAAAGUAA